AUGACAGAGAAAUCACUCGAAUCUCUCGCUUCCUCUAUAAAACUGUUAGCGUCCGAGGUUCAGAAUGCGCGAGAAAAGGGCAGUGAAGAUAUAGAGGCAUUCGAAAAACUUAUCGAUGCAUUAGAUGAUAUGCGAGCAGAUCUCGUAGGUCCUAUGCGAUGGCCCGGAACACUUUUCGCCCCUCCAGACUUCGCAGCUCUUCAGACUGCCUUCCUCCACGAUGUCUUUCAACAUGUUCCAACCAAUGGGAAAGAUACUGUGAGCGCUUCGAUACAUGUCAAAGACUUAUCCAAAUCGGUUAAGAUACCGGCAGAUACCCUACUUCGUAUCAUGCGUCUUCUUGCUGCCAAUAAAAUAUUUCUCGAAAUUGACGAAAAGGUAUUCUGUCAUACUCCUUUAUCAGCAGGUAUGGUAGAUGAAAUGGUUUCUGCUCGUUUAGGGAGUCUUUUCAAUGGUGUUUUCAAGGCAUCCUCGAGUCUUUCGGAUGCUAUUGAUGCGGGGAAGAGAAGUGCUUGGGAAGUUAGAUUCGGAAUGCCCAUGUACGAAUAUUUUGAGAAGAUUCCCAAGUCUGAUAGAGAACGUAUGGCCAAAUCAAUGGCCAUUUCUCAAUUGAAGAGAUUGAAGACCUUUCAGUCAUCUUUCCAUGGGAGAAGUUUAACAAAAUCUGCCGGACACUUGGUUGUCCAUUUGGCAAAGAAAUUUCCGCAUGUUCAAACCGUCAGUCAAGAUCUCCCCGAAGUAACAGCCGAUCAAAUUCGACGCAUUGCAUCCUUAUCUCCUACUGAGAAAUCCCUCUACGACCGCGUCGAAUUCGAAUCUCACGAUUACUACACCCCUCAAACACGAAUCGAUGUGGAUGCUUUUAUCCUACGCCGCUGUCUCCAUAAUAAUCCAGAUGAUGACUGUAUCAAGAUGAUCAAAGCCGUGAUACCCGGUCUUGAACAUAAUCCCAAAGCAAGAUUACUCAUUAACGAGAAAUUGAUGCCGGUUUGGAAUAGCAGUGAUACGAGAUACAAGACUAAGAUGUUGAGGAGAGAAGACAUUGCCAUGAUGAUUAUUGUGGGUGGAAAAGAGAGGACCCUGGAAGAGUUUGCGGGGUUGAUAAGGGGUGCGGAUAAGAAGUUGGAGAUUUCCGAGGUUUAUUAUGGGAAGAAUUAUUUUUCUGUUAUUUCGGUGAGGUUGGCGAGAUAG